ACAAUCGCUUCCGGGUUUGUCUCAGCCCGCUCAUUCACUUCCGGUGCUGCGCUGAAAGCCGUGUUUACAGCCGUGUUUCUGUGGAGAUAAUGGCGAACUACACCCGCUGUUUACAAGAACUGCCUAAGGUUAACGUGAAUGAUGUUAACACCAUUGUGAGGCAGUUUGCUGUUACACCUAAGAGCAAGAAAGAGAAGGGAUUUAAAUUAUAUAUUUCAAGCUACAUUGACAACGUUGAGGAUUGUAUUAAAAGACUCUCGUCCUGUAACACUGUCACAGAGUAGUUGUUCUUGUGUUGCUGGGACAGCAAUGUGCAACCACAUUGUUGCACUACUCUACCAAACAGCCCACUACUCACAGCUUGGCAUCAGUGCAGUUCCUCCAGUUCACAGCUGUACUGAAACGGAGCAGAGCUGGCAUAAACCUAGAACAAUGGGAGUCAAGCCAGGUCCUGUCAAUAAAAUGGUGGUUUUGUCUGCAAGACCCAAAGAGAGGAAGCUUGCUGAGGGUUUAAGGAGUACCCUUUACAAGGGUGUCACCAGUGAGCUGCCUGACCUCUCAGUCCUCCAAGUAGCAGAGGCAUAUAAGGACUACGCCAGUACUGUAGCUCCUCCAGUCACCACUAUCAGGAUGUCACAUGAGGAUUCUUUGGUGGAUUCUGCCUUUGGUAAAGUUCAGUAUGGAAGUGUGCUGUCAUACCAGCAGCCAGCUGCAACAACAUGCAACAUUACUCACCAUCAAGAUGCCCCACCACCGCCACCUCUGCCACUAGUUGGUUACAGCCUUGACACAUCUGUUUGCUUGUUUGUCCAUAGCAAACAUGGACAACCACACAUGACGUCACUGGCAGUAACCUUAGAUAUGGCUCACAAAAUAGAGCAUGCCACCAAAGAACAGAGUGCAUCACAUGCUUGGCACUCGGUCCGAAAACCCCGGGUAACAGCGUCACGUUUUAGGGAGGUUUGUCAUGUGCGUGGACAGAGCUCGGCUGAACAUCUGGCUGAAAGAAUCUACAAAGGAACUCGCCAGACAGCAGAUAUGAAGAGAGGGCUUGAAAUGGAAUCUGCUGCAAUUGAGGAAUACUGCCUGCUGCGAGAGGUGAACUACCACACUUGUGGGUUCUUAAUUCACCCCGAUGCACCUUGGCUGGGGGCCUCUCCUGAUGGGAUUAUUUUUGACCCUAAAGAGCACCAUGUUUUUGGACUUUUGGAGAUAAAAUGUCCCAAUGUCAAAAGUUACGUGGACUGUCCUUACCUUAAAUUUCACAAUGGCACACCAGAACUGAAACAACAGCAUGCAUACUUUUGGCAAGUUCAAGGACAAAUGCUGAUCUCAGGAUUGGACUGGUGUGAUUUUGUUGUUUAUGCACAGGAUGACAUGAUGAUCCAGCGCAUAUACAAAGACACCAGAAUGUUUCAGAUCAUUCGAGAGAAAGCUGACCAUUUCUUUCUUUACUUUUACCUGCCAAGAUACCUACAGAUGUAAAAAAGACAAAUAAUCAUUUAACAUUGUAUCAAAGUUUUUUUUAUUUACUCAACAUCACUGUACAUAAUGUUAAAGACUGUAACAAAGUUAUUUAUAUUUACAUGUUUACAUUCCUGCAGUGGAACAACUGUAUAAUGUUAUUUAUAUUUACAUGUUUACUUUCCUGCAGUGCUACUGUACAAAGUUAUUUAUAUUUACAAUAUUUCUAUUUGGACAAAAAUAAAUGCAAAUUCAUCAAUCCCCAAACAAAGUUAUCUUGUCUUUAAUCCUUUGCCCAUGCUUUUACUAAGGGGCCAUUCUGGUAAUUUACAAGGAGGCAAGCAACAGUGUACAGCUGGUUGAUGCUCCCUGUGA